AUGGGAUGCGAGUGCUCUUAUGAGCAAGCUGGAUCACUGACAAGUCUGACUGUUGGAAGGAAUUACCUGUCACGACUGGAAGAAAGGCUGGAAGAGGUCGAAAGUACCCUGAAAGCACUGCAGCGAACCCAGUCGAGCGCGACGCAGGUUGAUAUAACAGGCGCCAGUCAGCUUACAGAUGUCUCACAGCGUUCUGUACCGGAGUCUGUGGUCCUUCCAGAACCACCAGCCCAGUAUUCCACAAGCACGGAAAUGGGUGAAAUUGACACUAGUGAAGAUGCAAUCGAUGGUAUGGGAGCAAUUAAGUUUACAGACGAAGAAGAUUGUGGUUAUUUCGGCCCAUCGUCCAAUGUCGCCUUUGUAGGUCAUAUCUCAUUGGCGCUGGCUAAAGCAAGCGGACAAAGUCAAAAGAUACUGGCCAGGGCGGGUUCUAUACCCGCCGCCAAUGAGUGGACGCGAGUCGCUCGCCCACGUUAUGUGCAUGGAGAGACCAAUGAGUGCACAUCGACUCGCUCGCGACGGAGUGUAAAUGUCUAUGCCUUGCCCCCCGAGGACUACACUUGGAGGCUCAUUAAGGAGUACUUCCAGAAGACUGGCCAACUGUUGCCAUUCAUUCAUGAGGAAUCGUUUUGCGAAACCUACUUUCAGUUGAAGCGGAAUAACUUCACUCUGGCUCGCAGGACUUGGCUCGGUUUACUAAACAUGAUACUGGCCAUGGCUACCACCCUGACUGUUGAUGGCUACCCUUCGUCAGAAGACCGAAUUGCUGAAUCGGAUGUGUACUAUCAGAGAGCCAAUGGUCUAUGUGAAAGAGAAUCAAGAACAAAUAACAGUCUUGAACUAGUACAAUAUCUGCUCAUUGUGGGCCAGUAUCUCCAGGGUACGCAGAAGUCUGUCCGCGCUUGGACUGUCCACGGUCUGGCCAUCACGACUGCGUUUCAGCUAGGCCUCCAUUCGCCCAGAACAAAUCAGGACUUUCCACCACUGGAAAGCGAGAUUCGAAAGCGUGUCUGGUUUGGCUGCAUUCUCCUAGAUCGCACUUUGAGUAUGACUUACGGCAGGGCCUGCAUGAUUCCUGAAAAAUACAUCAAGCUUGAGCUUCCAACCGCAGACAUACAAAUUAUGGGGCAAACCCCCGGCGUGGAUGCAAGACGUCGGAUGGACGCAAAGUACUUUCGAGCAACGAUAACCCUUUACGGUAUUAUGUACCAGAUUAUUGAUACGUGUUAUGGACAAAACCUUGGCCUCGAAGACUUUCUUCCAAUGGCAGAAAUUGUUUCUCUGACGCUUAGAGCGGAAACACAGCUCAUCGAGUGGAAAAACCAAACUCUCCCUUCUUUGAGUUUACGGAUAUGUAACACUCCGCUGUGCUCUAAAGAUCUGGACAAGUUUGAUGCAAACGAUAAGAUUACGGAAAGAUUCAACUUAGUGCUUUCUCUUCGAUUUCACAACCUUCAUAUUCUACUACAUCGACCCAUCCUCGAGAAACUGCUCGACACCCACGGAGGACCUGGCAAUGACGCUGAGACGACAAUGAUGCAUCAGGUUUGUAUCAACAGCGUCGAAAACUGUGUGGAUUCUGCCAUGAUCAUUAUUUCAAUUGUUCAUACAGUAGUACUUGCCAGUGGGUGGCGCCGUGAUCUCCUUGGAGCCUGGAACUACUCCUUGUUUUAUACAUUCAAUGCUGCCCUGGUUAUAAUUGCGGGCUUGCUUGUAUCCCCCAAAGGCACAGCUACUGAUGGCGACGUUGCGCCGUCUCAGUGGAAGUUCCUUGAAAGUGCGGCAAUCUAUCUCGACAUGGCCAUCGAGGCUUUGCAGAAGCUUGACCGCGGGAAUCGAGUGGUCCAGCGCGUUGUCGACUAUUUAUCACAGCUGGCGCUGGCUGUUCUUAGUUUGUCAUCGAGUAAUGUCGACGCUACUACUAUUCUUCCAAGUGCAAGUAGCUACGAUCUGUUCACCUCGAGCAGCAGUCACCCGGACCUGCUCUCGUUACGAUCCUCACAUCAGGCCAUUGGACAAAAGGAGUUCCCCAUGGAGAAUGACCUCAGCGAGUUCACGUUGGAUACUGACCUAGAUUGGUUUACUCGGCCCCUAUAG